AAUCUCAUCAUCUUCGACGCCGUUUCUCCGCGAACCACCAGAAACAUCCAGUAUUGUUGUUGCUUGCUGAAAGGCCUUAAACAAAGGUGUGUUUUGAUUUCGGCAAGUUUGGGGGCUUUUCCUUUUCUUGUUGGAUUUGGAUUUACUGUGGGUUUUAGCUCUUAUUAAUCACCAUCUUCCUCUCUGUAUCUCCUGCAUAAUACCAUCGGCUUUCAGGAUUAGGGUUGGCGUCUUUCUCUCCCGUUUCUCUCACUUCAAUCCCCUGGGGGUUCUUUUUGUAAUUUCCAGGAAGCAGGAAAGCGCGAAGCUUUAAAAUUAGUUGAAAGGGAAUUUUAGAUUUUGGAAAUUGUGUGGGGAAAAUAUGGAUGAAGGGAAGGGAGUGGAUCAGAUGGAUCAGUUGGAUCAGUUUCAUAGAAACGAAGCAAUAUCAGCCGUUGCUGACGAGAGUUUUUUAGGUGAAGAAGACGAUGAUUAUGAAGACCUUUACAAUGAUGUUAAUGUUGGUGAAGGAUUUCUUCAAUCUUUAAGAAGAAACGAAGAUUUAGGGUUUAGAAACGAGGAAACUAAGAAUAGUUCAAAUAAUAAUAACGGUGGGAAAGUUGGUGGAUCACCAAUGGGUGCCCCAGAAUCUGGUGUUUCAAUUCCAGGGGUUGCAGGUGUUGGUGAAAGAGAGGAUUCUAGGGUUUCUUAUGAGAGUCAAGGGUUUAGGGCUGGUGGUGGUGAUGUCAAAGGACCUAGUGCGGGUUUUGGUGGUUGUGGUGGAGGUGGCCUUAGGGUUGAAUUAGCACAGGGGUCGAAUAAAUUGAAUGAGGUGGCUGCAGAGCAAAGUGGGAAUAAGAGUAUUAGUUUAGGUAGUGUAGGUGGUAUGGGACAUCAGGGACAUGGUGUAGGGAAUGUAGGGAGUGUUGAGAAUGAGGGUUUGGUCAGACAAGGAGUAGGAGGUCCAAGUGUGAAUGGCCCUGGUGGCAGUGUUGGUGGCGGUGGCAGUGUGGGUGGCGGUACUAUGGUUGGGAAUGGUGGUGGAAAUGUGGGUGUUGCUGGUGCUGGUGUUGGCCCUGGAGUUGGUGCAAGUGGUGGUGCAGGUGGUGGGACAAUAUUGUUUGUUGGAGAUUUGCAUUGGUGGACAACAGAUGCUGAACUGGAGUCUGAGUUGUGCAAGUAUGGACCUGUGAAGGAAGUGAAGUUUUUCGAUGAGAAAGCUAGUGGGAAGUCAAAAGGGUAUUGUCAGGUUGAGUUUUAUGAUCCAGCAGCAGCAACAGCUUGUAAGGAGGGAAUGAAUGGGCAUAUGUUUAAUGGAAGGCCUUGUGUUGUUGCCUUUGCAUCGCCGUUUACGGUUAAGAAAAUGGGAGAGGCUCAGUUAAAUAGGAAUCAGCAGAUGGCACAGUCUUCUCUUUCGCAAGGAAGGAGGGGCCCCAAUGAUGCUGGAGGUAAGACUGGUGCUGCUAAUAUUCAAACUGGUGGGAAUUAUCAAGGUGGGGAUAAUAAUAGAGGUUAUGGGAGAGGGAAUUGGGGGAGAGGAAAUACUCAGGGGAUGGGAAAUAGAGGGCCAGUUGGUCCUAUGAGGAAUAGGGCUGGUGGAAUGGGUGGUAGAGGUAUCAUGGGAAAUGGUGGAAAUGGAUUUGGGCAGGGCAUGGGUGCAACACCUCCUCUCAUGCACCCACAGUCGAUGAUGGGUCAAGGUUUCGAUCCUGCUUUUGGUGCACCCAUGGGAAGAAUGGGCGGUUAUGGAGGUUUUCCUGGUGCUCCAACGCCACCAUUUUCAGGGAUUUUACCUUCAUUUCCUCCUGUUGGAGGAGUUGGUUUGCCUGGAGUGGCUCCUCAUGUUAACCCUGCAUUUUUUGGAAGAGGUAUGCCUAUGAAUGGUAUGGGGAUGAUGCCCUCGAGUGGUGUAGAUGGACCUAAUAUGGGAAUGUGGUCAGAUCCUAGCAUGGGAGGAUGGGGUGGUGAUGAGCAUGGUGGUGGGAGAGCUGGAGAGUCAAGUUAUGGGGAGGAAGCUGCAUCCGACCAUCAAUAUGGUGAGGUUAGUCAUGAGAGAGGAGGUUGGCAAAACCCAUCUAAAGAAAAAGAUAGAGCUUCUGAAAGGGAGUGGUCUGGUUCAUCUGAAAGAAGGUACCGUGAUGAUAGGGAACCAGGAUAUGAUAGGGACAUACCUAGGGAGAAGGACAUGGGCCAUGGUCAUGAUUGGCCAGAAAGAAGGCACCGAGAUGAUAGAGACAUUGGUCGAGAACGUGAUAGGGAGCGCUCUAGAGAUCGUGACCGUGAUCGUGAUAGGGAACGUGAUCGAGAUAGGGAUAGGGAUCGAUAUAGGGAAGACAGAGACAGAUAUGCAGAUCAUCGUAGGUACAGGGACCGUGAGCCAGAGCAUGAUGAUGAUUGGGAUAGGGGACGGUCAUCACGGACUCACAGCAAGUCCCGGUUGUCACAAGAAGAUGAGCAUCGCUCAAGAUCUAGAGAUGCUGAUUAUGGGAAGAGGCCACGGCUUACCUCAGAGUGACUUAUCUGAGAUCUCUUAUAUCAGGAACUUCCUGUUAGAAAAUUCAAAAGGAAAAUAGAAAAGAUCCGUAACAGCAGAAACAUUGGGUUCAUUGUUCUCUUUUGCUGUCUCUCUUAACUGGUGGUAUGUGGUCAUCAAUUCAUAGCCAUUCUGAGUUCAAUGCCUGAAUUCGUCGGGUGCUUCUCUUACCUUGGAGUAUGGCAUCAAUUUUGCAUGCAAGAAAAGUACGGGUAUGGUGGAGAUGAAGAUGAAGAUCACAGGCUUGAAAUUUGAGAGAGACAGGAGGUGGUGUUUCCUUUUUUUUUUUUUUUUGGCUGGAUUAAUGUAGCAGUGGAACCAUGGUUUUAAGUAGUUAUAGCUUUUAAUUUGGAAUUAUGUUUUAGUUGAUUAACACUUUGAUGAUGAUGACUUAGAAAAAGUAGUUUGAAUUAUGAUGUAAUAAUAGGGAUUUAGCUGAGGAUGUUACUGCUGCUGGGUGAUCGGUGACUUGCAUUUUCUGUUGGCUGUUUUGUUGUAUUAUUUAUUUUUGUCCAUUAUUUUUAUUUUUAUUGUUAUUAUUUUUGGCUAGUUGUUAGAAUACAACUUGUUUAACCUUGCCAUCUUGUAAAAUAUGUAACCAUUGUAGUAGAGCCUUGGAAAUUGUACAAAAUGAAUGUUAUAAUUUUGGAUGUGUUCUUAUUUUUUACUAAUAAAAGUAAGUCAGUCUCGCCUUUA